AUGGAAUAUCUGUCCUCCUUGGAGAAUCUCUGGCGUGUUGGAUUGAUAUUGAUAACUACCGCUGGAGUUUACACCAUUAUCACCCAAGCAUGCCGCAUAUCUUUAUUCCCUGGAGUCCUGCUCCGUGGUCGAAAGCACUCGACUGCCCGAACACCACCACGGUCCAUCUCUCCAGACAAUAAGACUGGAAUUAGCCCGGCCCUCUCGCCUAAUUAUGAUAGCGCCCUGCCACCCCAACGCAGACAUGCCCUCGCCGAUUUUAGUUGUGAGGCAGCUCCCUGGCGCGACGUGAGCGAAGAAGAAGUACGCCAGAACCUUUUGCCCAUGAGCGCCAACUACAAGACAAGCCCAAGCGACAAGUACACACCGAUGGGAUUUUCAGUGGGUGAAAUCAAAGGUUUAGGAGACUUCCCUGACUAUGCAAAAUUGAGUGGCGUUCCACUUCCCAGCCCAUAUCUUGAAUUUGAGAUUUCUAAGGCAUUACCCCGGCCAUAUCGUCCAUUCCGAUGGGCGUACCAUCAAACCAUGUCCUUGACUAAACUCGAAACGGAUUGGUGGAUCGAGCUUGAAAACACGUACAAAAGUCGUAUUGCCCAGCGCAAAGAACUCUUCGCAAAACAUGGCAAACAGGUACUCGACGCCAUGCCCGGCUCUGAGUUAGCGUGCAAGGAAUUGAUGGAGAUGGUUUUGCAAUUCGUUUGUGCCCGGUACCCUCAGUACUUUACACUUGUGGGCAAACGUGUGCUGCACAAUAAGAUUCUCGGCACUGAGCAAGAUGUCACAGCCAAACCCCCUCUUGAGAUUCUUCUGGAUAAUGUACCAGAAGACUUCGGAAUAAUGCUCCGUGAUGAUACUACCGGUUAUUAUUUCCUGCGUGCAGCGGUGAUUUGCUCAGCACUGGGGUGGAAUGUUGCUUCCAAAGUUGGGAAGCAGCUGCAUGAGAUUCAUGAGCCAAUUCCAGACUACAAGGAGAAGAUGCAGUUUUCCAUGGAUCGUUUCUUUACCAAAAUGCCAACCGAAAAACCGAUCCAGCGAGGCUCGUGGGGUCUGGAAAUUGGGCAGCCAUUGUAUAUGCCACCAGGUGAUCCUCAUGAACAGCUAAGGUUGUCUCAACCAACGGAUUUGACGAUUGAUGAAUGCCAUCUACGGGUAGACUGGCAAACACUGAGGCGUCUGCCCUUAUCUGGAGCAGUUAUUUUUAAUUUCAAGGCCCUUUUCACUCCCAUCAAGGAAUUCCAGGACGAACCCGGAGUACCGGAAUUGGUUAUGAAAAUUAUAACAGAAGGAAAGAAAAAUCUGAUGGAUUACAAGGGUGUUUGGCAUGUACAGCAUGUUGUACUUCCGGAAUUGAAAAAAUGGGCUGAAGAGCAGAAGGAGAAGGGGUUGGUUCCGAGGAAUUGGGAGGUUGCUACGUUGGAUGAGAGCCCAUGGUUUAAUGGUUGGCAGAAUAAAUGGCAUCGCCAGCAGGGGUUUUAA